GAUACUGGAGUUUUUACCACAUUAUGAUGAAACCAGACAGUGAAAAAAAUUUAUAGAUGUAAACCUUUUGCAAUCAUGUCAUGUCAUUCAUUAUCCAAGCCGCUUAUCCUCAGAUGGGUUGCGGGAAAGCUGGAGCCUAUCCCUGCUAUCUUCGAGCAAAAGGCAGACUACACCCUGAACUGGUCACCAGUCAGUCGCAGGGCAGAUAUUGACAUCAUCACUGAGCGGGAAUCAAUCCCACGCCGCCCACAGCAAAGGCAGGCGUGUGAACCACUACACCACUACACGUAUAUUAGCGGUCCCUAACACAACUCCCCAAACGCAUUUUGAUUUGAAGCAGCUAUUUUGGCCAAGUUGUAUACAUCGUAUACUGAUACCCAUGCAGCAACCAGGGAAUUUAUGGAAAUGAGACACAAAUAUAAUCAAGUGUACUAGACGGGUUGUCGCCACAACAUUGCAAAGUUUUUUCGUUUUGUUUAUGGGCGUAAUGAGCCGUCAAAGUUUGCUAAUCAUUUUUAGAUUGGCCCUGUCACGGGUCUUAUGAGGUUUUUAAUCAUCAGAUUUCAUUAUCAUUGUGAUCAUUCAAGUGACUCGCCUCUAUCGCAGGUGAACCCGUUGAAUUAUCUGAAACCCCCCAAAAAAAAAAAAAAAUUCUGCUCCAUUUAUCCAAGUCUCCCAUGUAAUAUUUCCACAUUUCAUAUUAUGGCGACAGCACGAGGAACGACCGUUUUUGCCACCAGCUCUUUGUUGUCCCCGACUUUGCUUGUGCAGCUUUUGUUGCUGCGUCUUUUUCUCAUCCCCGGUGGGAUCCCACCCUCCGCCGGGGUCCCCGCUGACUUUGUCUUGCCGGAUUACGACUUAUCCAAACAGAAACUCGGACCACCAAGUGUUAGGCACCGACUUUUUGGUGGCGUCUCUCGCUGACCUCAUGUGUUUGGCCUGCCAUUGUUGCUUUCCGGUCCCCUUACUCACGGCUGGCUUGGCGCUUUCCUGUAUCCUCGCCGGACAGCGGAUGGAUGUCGCUGAAGGAAGGUCACAUUUUCAGCGCACUUGCCAGCUGUGUAAAUCACCGACAAUGUCAUCAAAUGUUUCUGUCGCCGUCGGCGGUGGGAAGCAUUUGAUCAUUUUCUUCCAAUUUUCAGGUCCCUCGAUAAAAAAACACAUCCAGAUAUUUUUCCCGAGUGCAGAAUGUGAGAACUUUUGUCGUUGUCAUCGUUGCAGAUUAUGACCCCAAGCAUGAGCGACCUCAACCUGAAACGUGGGCUCGCCCGUGAUUGGAGAUAAUAUGCGUGACUUUGUUUUACAUGCACAGCCACAAUAUGUGGAUCGACAUCUAUUUUCGAAUCAACCCGGGGAAUUGAAUUAGGCUACGAGGCCAGUGGAGUUCUCCCCCAAACCCACCCUGGAUAAAUGCACCACAUAAGAGUCCAUUUGAUCCAGAGGAGUGCCGUCUCGCUCUUUUUCAUGACAAAUCCACGAUUAGAUUGGAUGCAAUAUAAUGAGAAGAUGGGAAAUUUCGUGUUGGUCAGUGGAAAAGGUGUCGGGGUCUUACUCUUUUAGUUUUCUCAACUUUCCAGAGGCGACUACUGAAAGGAGUAAAUAUGUGCCACCAGGAUUUGAAUUUGAAAUCUAAAGUGAUCACAUUUUCAAUCGUCGUAUUUCAGUGUAAUUUUUCAAUGUUAACAAUACAACCGGCUACAAUUCGCUGUCUAAAAUUCACCGUCUGUGGGACCAGGCAGGGUUCCUUCAGGUCAGAACCGAAGACCCAGCCAAUCAGAGUUACGCUUUCUUAGUCACGUGACGUGAAAAGUAGUGGAGGCUAGACUAGUAUCUGCAAGCAACAGUAUGGUUUCAUGCCUAGAAAGAGUACCACAGAUACGUUAUUUGCCCUGAGGAUGGUUGUGGAAAAGUACAGAGAAGGUCAGAAGGAGCUUCAUUGUGUCUUUGUGGACUUCGAGAAAGCCUAUGACAGAGUACCAAGAGAGGAACUGUGGUACUGCACGCGCAAGUCUGGUGUGGUGGGGAAAUAUGUUAGAAUAGUACAAGGAAUGUAAGAGGGCAGCAGAACACCUGUGAGAUGUCCCAGAGGUCUGUCAGAAGAAUUUAAAGUGGAGGUGGGACUGCAUCAGGGAUCCGCUCUGAGCCCCUUCCUGUUUGCAGUGGUAAUGGAUAGGCUGACAGAUGAGGUUAGACUGGAAUCCCCUUGGACUAUGAUGUUCGCAGAUGAUGUUAUGAUCUGCAUUGAAAGCAGGGAACGGGCGGAGGAACAAUUGGAAAGAUGGAGGUACGCACUGGAAAGGAGAGGAAUGAAGAUUAGCCGAGGUAAAACAGAACAUAUGUGUGUGAAGCUCCGGGGAGAAGAGAUAGCGAGGGUGGACGACUUCAAAUCUUUGGGGUCAACAAUCCAGAGCAAUGGUGAGUGUGGUAAGGGAGUGAAGAAACGGGUCCAAGCGGGGUGGAACAGUUGGCGGAAGGUGUCUGGUGUUCUAUGUGACAGAAGAGUCUCCGCUAGGAUGAAGGGCAAAGUUUAUAAAACAGUGGUGAGGACGGCCAUGAUGUACGGAUUAGAGACGGUCGGUUGAAGAUGUUGAGGUUCUCACUUGGUGUGAGCAGGUUGGAUAGGAUUAUAUACGUGGCUCGGUGGCUCAGUUGGAAACGCGUUGGCCUCACAGUUCUGAGGUCCCGGGUUCAAUCCCGGACCCGUCUGUGUGAAGCUUGCUUGUUCUCCCCCGUGCCUGCGUGGAUUUCCUCCAGGCACUCCGGUUUCAUCCCACAUCCCCAAAAUAUGCACCGUUAACUGGACACUCUAAAUUGCCCCUAGGUGUGAUUAGGAGUGUGUCUGUCUGUCUCCAUGUGCCCUGGGAUUGGCUGGCCUCCUGCACGUUGACAGCUGGGAUAGGCUCCAGCACUCCCUGUGACCCUCGUGAGGAUAAGCGGUGAAGAAAAUGGAUGGAUAUUAUUAUUACUUUUUUUUGCCGGGUGCCCUCCAAUUAGCUGGCAACCAGUUCAGGGUGUAUCCCGUCUCCUGCUCAAAGAUAGCUGGGAUAGACUCCAACGCUUCCACGGCCCUUGUGAGGAUAAGCAACUCAGAAAAUGGAAGGAUGGAUGGAUGCCAGAGCUCGGUGUUGACAACAUCAGCUGUCAAUAGCAGCUAAUACUGUGUAUUGAUCCACUCUGGUUAGCCAAAUGCUUUUGUGGCCGGUGGUUGAGGACGUCCCACUGACGCAUUUGUGACAUUUUUAUGUGCUUCCAAAUCGGCUUUUAAGCCAGAUUUUGGCUUUGAAGACUGAAUUUGGCUUUCAAGUGAAGUUAAUCAUUCAAAUUAGGGGUUCAAGUUAAGAGUUUCAAGCCUGGGUCAGCAUUUCAAAUGAUGUUUGGUCGUUUUAAGACAGGCGGUUCAGAGUAUAGGUUUCAUGUCAGGGUCAGAUAUCCAAAUUAGGGUCUCAAACCAGUAUAAUCAUUCAAAUAAGUUUGGCAAAUGAUGGUUUCAAGCCCGAGUUAGGGAUUCAAAUCAUGGGUCUUUUCUGCAGGGGGUGGGGGUGGGGGGGUGGAGUCUACGACUGACUGUGUGCGUAUGUACAAAAAGAUAACACACAGAGCACACUACGCAGCGAGUGUGCAGUUCUGCAGCGUUCCAGCGUUGGAAGCAGCCGAGUGAGCUACCGAUGAGGUAAGAAUGCUGAAACAGGCAAGGCUCCAUUCCGCUCGCUCCAGUCUCGUCGCGUAGUAGAGUUUUUAAAUGUCAAUUGUUGUUUUCCCUCCAGGGGUACAAAUCACCAAGACAUCAUUCCAAGAUGUGACAAGUAGGAUUUCACAGACCUUCAGGAUGCUCUUUCGGUGGAAUCUUUACCUUGUCUUCCCCAUCUGUUGGUUUCUGUCAUUUCACGUCUCGUUCCUAACCGGAGGACAUCCCAGGGGACCCUCGAGCAGAGCUUUUGAUUCCGAUCAAGCGGAAAGCAUACUAGGAGGUUCCGCGAUUCCGUCUGUGAGUUUGGAAGACGGCUGGCGGGGGGUUCUCGGGGAGUACAGCGAAGGCGAGGAGGUUUCGGAGAGAACGCCGCCGUAUCGAAGGGACGAGGAACCGGCGAGACCGACACCUGCCCCAUCAAAAGCUUCUUCGACAAAUGGAUCUACGCUUCUCACUCCACCAACUGGGGAGCCUCCUCCAGAUCUUACAACCUACACGGAGAACAGCACCCCAACUGGAGCCACUACCAAACCGGGAUGGACCUUUACGUUCUCUGAAGACGGUUCACAAGGUGCCAAUGAAGACCAGCGAGUCCAAAAGUCUCGUUUUCCUCUCCAGACAUCAGUCACACCCUGCGGAACGACAAUCCCGACCUGGACUCCCACGUACCAGGAGGACGACUUUCCACCCAGUUCCUCCCUGAGUCCCUCUCUGGAUCAUAGCCCUUCCCUUUUUAUUCCUCUGUACUCAGACUGGAACACUGCUCUCGCCACGUGGGGAUUUGCCUGGGAGGCCCACAUCUACGGUCUCGGCUCCGUCUUUACGGUGUUCGGCCUGAUCUCGGUGGUCUGCCUGUUGGGCCUGCCCUUCCGCUGUCCAUCUGGAAGCCCCUAUUUCACCCUGCUGCAUCUGUUCCUGAUCGGUUUCACAGGAAUCCAGGCUUUCUGCUUGCUGUACGAUGCUUACAGGCAUCAAGAUCGUCUCCCCCCUCUGAGCUCCCUGCUGCUCUCCCAGCUUCCCUUCCCUUGUUUGAUAUCUGCCUUCUCGCUGGCCUUCUUCCUUCUUUCCCUGCGCUCACGAAAGCGUCUUUCCCUUUCGCUCGCCAUCUCGCCCUCACUGUCUGCUCUCCCCAAACCUUGCCUCCUGCUGUCUUUGUCCCUGGUGCACUUUGGCGUUUCUGUGGGCUGCGUUGGCAUUCUGCAGGUCUUUCACGGCCUCCCGAGUAUGAUUCUCCUACUCCCUCAAGGCCUGUUUGUAUGCUUUACAGUCAUUCUCUCCUGCUCCUACCUCAUCUUUUACUGCCUGAUACAAAUAGACACCAAACACAUCUACAGGCUGAACGACGAUGGGGAGUGCGGAGGAUCUCCCGAGAUGAUGCAACCCCCAAGUUGCCCUUUUGCAAAAGUGGAAGAUUGGGGUCGUGCAGCGGGUGCCGGAAUUGGCGCCUCCUUGUGUUUGUUAGGAUGCGGAGGAUUACAGCUCUACGGAAUCUUACAUGCUCUCGGAUUGGGUGGGAUUGAACGCGACGGCUUCCUGCCCUGGCCCUGGUGGGGUUAUCAGAUUGGAUGCCGACUGUGCGAGGCGGGAGUUUGCCUCGGUUUGUCUCUCAUCGGCACGCAUCCUCUGUUCUGUCACAACAAGUCUUACGAGGCUCAUCCUAGGCCAGGGUCUUGGUCUCGGCUGUCCUGGAGCUCACCCUCGCGUGGGAACAUUCUGCCCUCUCCAGGACGGCGAAAUUCUACUGUAAUUUCCUGGUCUCGAGACAAACCAGAAAAGAUGGUAGCGUGUGGUGUCACCACAAAGGGAUCGUCAGAGGUUCUUCCUCUUGGUUUGAUGGUGGAUCCUCCCGGAAAGGAGGUUGCCUGUAUCCCUUUGCCAAACCUAUCCCACACUGCUUUACUAACUGCACCCACAAGUCCAGCGCGCAAACCUAAAAACUUAGACUCCCAGCUAUCCUGCUUGAGUCUAGGGGCUGACUCUACUGCGGACCUACGGCCUCCAUCCCCGAUAGACCUGUCCCGCAGUAUCGACCAGGCUCUCUAUAGCGAAUCGCUAUUCGCUCACAGUAUAUUCGGCUUGCCGAGACUCUUUCCCAGUUCUUCCAGCCGUUCGCUAGACUCUCCUAAACAAGGCAGAUCAAAACAAGGGCCCGCCUCGGUGGAAAGUUCCCUUUAUCGAACCUCUUCCUGUGGAGACCUGGAUCAAGAGAACGAUUCCAAACCCUCACAGCCUCGCAGUGUACUGAAAUCACAGAACAAAGUGCCAGUGUCAUCACAGCGGUCUGACUGGAAAGGAAGCGUCUCUGGUUCAACUCUGGGCCUCUGUAGCAAACCCAAGGAGACCAGAAAGCUGCGCUCCAAUUCCUGGGCAAACAGAGGGCAAAGCGUGGCACAGAACAGCCUGCCGCGCGCCAUCCCUCAUUUGUCUUACCACAGACGUUACCGAACCUUGAGCGUCGCCUCCAAGGAGGGCCAGGGGUUCGGACGACUGGGGGGGUCCAAGCGUCUGAGCGAGAGCAAGCAGCUGGAGUGGGACCUGGCCGUGCAGGCGGAGUUUGUCGACGUCUGCAGGCAAGUUGACGCUUUGAGCGUUUGCAGCGACACCAUCGAACUGUAGACAGCGACCGCGCUGUACGAAAUUUGAGCGCACUCGGAAUGCAACGAGAUUUAAAGAUUUAUAUAUUACAUGGAAACGUCUACAUUUGUAAAAAAGAAAUACACUUGUUUAAAAAAAACUUUUUGUG